AAAAAAAUAAAAGAGCUAGCAGUUGAGAGAGAAAUUCUAGGGCAGAAGAAACUGAACUAUAACGAAAUGAAUGCACAAAUGGAAGAAAUAUUAAUAGAAAAAGAUGUUCUAGGACAGGGAAUGCUAAACUAUAACAGGCUAAGCAAAAGAAUGGAAGAAAGAACAGCGAUGGAAAAAGAAAUCCAAGAACAGGAAAAGCUAGACCGUAACAAAGCGAAUGCACAGAUGAAAGAAAAAGAGAUGAAAAAUAUAUACCAUUCGAUUCGCAGGCUAGAAAAUAGUAUAUAUCUCUUGAAAUGUAAGCACGCCCAGCUACAAAGCUAUACAGAUAGUAAGCUUUUGGACAGCUUGAAAAAGCUAAAUUGCAUAGCUCCAGGCCAGCAGCAAUACUUGCUCAAGAAAAUAAAAGAAUUUGAAAAAUCACUAAAUAUAAAACUAAUAAGAAAUAAAACAGACGAGCCAGAAGAAGCAGAAAAAAUGGAAGUGGAUGAGCCAGCUGAGCAGCACCAAACACUUGACAUGUCCGAUGAAACAGAAUCUAGCUCAGUGGGUGCAUCAGCCCGGACAAGCACCCUUGGAAAAGUAUUAGCUGGAGGCCUUCUUGUGCUCGGAUCAAUGGCAUAUGUCAAACAGCAUUUGAAGAGCAAGCCAACAACUGCUGCAAACAGUGACAACGAUAGUUUGUAUCAUGUCAUGGACAGCAGGCAACUACGAAACAUGGAUAAACAUAAUAUAUCUUGA